AUGGACUCAGAAUGCUCCCGGCUCCUCCCGGCUCUCUGUGCUGUCCUGGCAGAUCCAAGGCAGCCAGUGACAGAUGACACCUGCCUAGAGAAACUCCUGGACUGGUUUAAAACAGUAGCAGAAGCAGAAUCCAGUCUCCUGCUGUUGCAGGAGAACCCCUGCCUGGUCGAGCUGCUGUCCCACACCCUGAAAUCCCAGGACAUGAGUGCCCGCGUCCUCUCCUUUUCACUUCGCCUUGCAGGGAUCUUUGCAGCCCAGGAAAACUGCUUCCAGUAUCUUCAGCAGGGGGAGUUGAUGCUCGGACUCUUUGGGGAGGCGGGCCCUGUCGGCCUGCCGGCCUGGAGCGUCCCCUCCGUGCGCAGCGGCUGGAUCCAAGGCCUGUGCUCCCUGGCACAGCACCCCAGUGCCGAGCAGUUCCUAGUCGACUGUGGUGCUGUAGACACCCUCUUCUCCUUGCAGGGCGAUUCCAGCCUUUUUGUGGCCUCUGCCGCCAGCCAGCUCCUGGCACAGGCCCUGAGUUUAUCCCUACAAGGCAGAGACACCCCACAGCUCGGCUCCCAGGACAGCGACUGGCCCUCAUGUGCCCGGAGCAUCGUGGGCCACCUGGAGGAGGCCUUGCGAUCCAGGGCCACGCCGCAGGUCACACAGGCACUUAAGGUCCUGACCACCACGUUUGGGCGUUGCCACCACCCCUGGACACAAGCCCUUUGGAUGCAGCUGAGCCCUCUGGUGACCUGUCUCCUGGAGAAGGACCCCAUCCCUGCUGCCCACUCGGUCGCUGACCUUUUCCUCACCAUGGCACGGUCUCCUGUGUUUGCUUCUUCGGACUGUGACCUGUGGGUGAUGCUGGUCCGGACUCUGAGCCGCCUGAGCCCCACACAGGCAGGGCCCCUGGCUCUCGGGGUCUGCAAACUCCAUGUCUGUCCCCUGGCUCUGAGAACCCAGGCCUUUGAUGUCCUCCUUCAGCCGAUGGCCUGCAUCCUGGAAGCUGCUGCCCAGCCCCCAGGGCCUUCAGACUUGCUGGACGGGACUAGGGGCAGCUCCAGCAUGGCGGACACCCUCCUGGCCUCCACGUCUUCCUGCGCCGGCCUCUUGUGCCAGAGUUUGGCCCACCUGGGGGAGCUGCAGCCACUGUCCCACAGCCCCCGGCCCUGGCCGCAGGCACCCUUGCUGGAAGCCACUUUGGCGACGUUGCGCUUCUGCAACGGUUCGGCAGUGCCGCUCUCCAGCGUGGGGGUCCGCCUCUGUGGGAUCUUGGCUGGAUGUGUCCGCGUGCAGCGCGCAGCUCUCGACUUCCUGGCGGCGCUCUCCCAGGGGACGGGGUCCCCAGACUUGGUGAUGAAGGUGUCGGCGGUUCUCCUGGAGUACCUGCGGAGCCCGGAUUCCAGCCCUAUGGUCCUGAAGAAGGCUUUCCAGGCCACUCUCCAGUGGCUCCUGACUACGUCUCAAGCCGGUGGCUCCUGCGACCCCAGCCCCCACAGCCAGCCGUUCAUCGGAGAGCUGUUCCCCGUGAUGCAGAAACGUCUUUGCAGCCCCUGCUGGGAGGUGCGGGACUCAGCCCUUGAGUUCCUGACCCACCUGACCGCACACUGGGGAGGACAGCCUGGCUUCCGACAAGCCCUCUUGGCCUCAGACGCGCCCGAGCUCGCCAAGCAGCUUCUCCGAGACCCCGAGGGCUACGUCCGCGCAAGCGCAGUGGCUGCCAUGGGGCAGCUGGCCGCCCGGGGGCUGCAUGCCAGCUCUGCCCACCCUGAGCAGCCAGGAGCCCAGCAGCACCUGCUCCCAGAGCUCAUGGACAUCCUCUCCUCGGACUCAGAGGGCUUCCCCCGGAGGGCCGUGAUGCAGGUCUUCACAGCCUGGCUGCGGGACGGCCACGCCGAGGUGGCCCAGGACCCGGAGCGGUUCAUGGCCGGCGUGUUCCAGGUGGUGGGCCAGGACCUCGACUGGGAGGUACGCCUCCAGGGCCUCGAGCUGGCCGGAGUGUUCCUGGCCCAAGUGCUGGGGCCACCCGCCUGUCCCUACGCGGCGGCCCCGCCCACGGCUGCCCCAUCCGUCCAGCUGGCCGAGGUGCUGCGGGCGCUGGGCCGGGUGCGAGUCCUGGAGUUUGCCUUUCAUACCUUGUUCGACUGUGACCGGCCCGUGGCCCGGAAGUCCUGUGACCUGCUACUCCUGCUGAGGGCCAGGACCGCGCCCGACAGCAGGCUGCAGGGGGCUGGCCGCUGUCCUGACACCGCUGCUGUGGAGGCCACCCUGCAGGCGUGGCAGGAGGGCAAGCAGGGCCAGCCGCUGGGUGAGCUGGGGCCUGAGGUGGUGGUGGCUGUCCUGUGGAUGCUGGACCUCGAGGGGCUGCAGGCCACGCUGGCCGAGAGCAGCGACCACGUGGAGCAGAGCCCACAGUCCCUCCUGCAGGACAUGCUGGCCACCGCGGCUGCCCUGGAUGACCACGAGGCAGACUGCUACUGA